AUGGACAAUCAAAUUAAAGUUGUCAUUCGUUUUAAGUCCAUUUUAAGUACAGAAGAAGAGUCUGUAAAUUUUCCUUAAUCUCAAGUCUCCUAAUUGGAUUAUUGAAGAAGAAGCAAUUACAUAUAAAAAUAUAAAACAAUAGGAAAUCUUUGAAUUUGAUGUUAUUAUGCCACCAAUCACACUCUAAGAAGAGAUAUUCUAAUCUAUUAUGUUGCCUAAAAUCAGUUUUUUGUAAUUUUGUUUAUUUAUAAUACUUAGUUUAUAAGGUUAUAAUAGUGCAGUUUUUGCUUAUGGAGCAACUUCAUCAGGCAAAACUUAUACAAUAUUAGGACCAGAAAGUACAAUUGAAUAGAUUCUGAAUAAUAAGUUUAAUAUUGAUUAAAGUUCUGGUAUACUUCCAAGAUCAUUUUAUCAAAUUGUCGAUGUACAAUCAAUUUAAAAUUUAGGGAUAUCAAUAAAUUAAAUAAUAAGAAUCAUUGUAAUAAGUGACUCUUAAAGCCAACUAUGUUGAAAUCUAUAAUGAGUAAAUUUACGAUCUGUUAAAUUAAUAAUAUAAAACUAACAACCAAAAAUUAGAUCUCAAAGUAUUUCAUUUUUCAUUUCUUAGAUUAGUACUAUAGCUGAUGGUCCAAAAUUAAUUGGAGUUAGAGAAGUUCAAGUUGAAUCUGUUAAUGAUCUUAUGGAAUUAAUUGCAUUUGGUAGUUAUAAUAGAGCUAUUGGUGCAACUUAAUUCAAUUCUAGAUCUAGUAGAUCUCAUGUUAUAUUCACAAUUGAGUAAUCUAUUUAAUUUAAUUAGAUUGCUUGUUGAAUGGAAAGACAAAUCAUAGAGAACAUCUAAAAUUCAAUUUAUUGAUUUAGCUGGAAGUGAAAGACUUGCCAAAACUGUUGCAAAAGGUUAAAUGCUUGAAGAAACUAAAAAGAUUAAUUAAUCAUUACAUUGUUUAGGACAUUGCAUAAUGGCAUUAUCGAGUAGAAAAACAAAUAAACAUGUUCCUUAUAGAGAUUCUAAACUCACUUUACUACUUAAAGAAUGUUUAGGUGGUAAUUCUAAUACUUCAUUCAUCUGUGCUGUAAGUGCAGCAUUAGAACAUGAAGAAAAAACUAUUUAAACUUUAAAAUUUGCUUAAAGAGCUAAAUUGAUACUUAAUAAAGUUAAAAUCAACAUAAAACUUAGUUAUGAAUAAAUAGAAAAAUAAAUGACUAUGCUUAAAUAAGAGCUAUCUAUGAUGGAAAAGAUACUAACAAUGAAUGUAUUUCAUCUUAUCUAAUUUUUAGGGAAUUAAAUAUGAUAAAUAGAUUUUUAAAGAAUAAAAUUUUUAACUCCAAAUUGAUCAAACCAUGAAUAUAGAAGAACUAACUGGAGAUUAUAGAAAAGCAAAAAGAAGAUCACUUUAAACAUCAAAUAGUAAAUCAGAUAUUAAAGAAUAAUUUAGUUAUAGAUUUUAAUAGUAUCUUGAUUCUGAAAAUUCAAAACCUCAACAAAAUUCUAGUCCUAAUUCUAAACGAAUAGGUUCAAGAUAAUCAGGAGGUAAUUUAAGAAAAUAAUCAUUACCUUGUUCUCUUGAUGGUUCUGAAGCUGAACCUGAUGAAAAUGGAGAACAUUAUUUAAAUGAAGCUUAAUUAAUAUAAGCUUUGAAAUCUAUUAGUGAAACACCAAGAGAACUAUCAUAAUUUGUAAAUGGAAGAUCUUCCUAAAUUAAAUUUCAUACUUAAGAAUCCUAAUAUUAAUCAUCAACAACUAAUUAAACUACAAAUACUGAAUAAUUAAAAGAUAUGCCAAAAAAAAGAGAUAGCUGUUGCUAAGUCUUUUGA